AUGCAUAUCCGGGGCUAUGAGUACUCCAAAGGGUUUCAGUCGUUGACAAAUAUGCGGACCAAUGACUUCCGUCGGGUGUCGGCGGACAUCGAGUGGACGGGAAAUAUGGUUACAUUUUUGGAUAGUUUGCUACAACUGUGCGGUUGUUUUCAAAGCCCUUUCCGGAAACUCGUGGUUCCGGUGAUGAUCGACGCCAUACGUGUCGACCCGAACACACUCUUCGAGGCGCUGAAGAAGAAUCGUUUGACCGAUAAAGUGGUGGACAUAGAGGACGACAUUCAUGUCGUUGGAUAUGACAGUUAUAUACACGAAGAAGUGUACGACAGUCUCGCCGAACAGUUCGCUCAAUUCCCCUCCCAAUUGCCGGUAGUGUUUGACUCGUCGGUCAAUCGUGUGCUCACAUACGGCGCUGAAGUGUAUAAUAUGGUCACCGCUCCCAUUAAUAGGAAAACUGAUCCCAAUCUGGUCUUUGAAAGACAUGAGUUCAUUGCCAACGACGACAAUACGGCCAUCGAUGACAACCAUAGGAAACUACUUAUUGAUAAUAUUGAAGUUUACUUGAUUCAAGACUUGUCGGACGCCAUCGAAAGCAAUGGAUUUCUAUUAACAGUAUUUCGAUAUAAAGUGACGGAACCGGAGAUCGCAUUGAAUUCAUUGUUUGGGAAUUCAGUCACGGAUUCAGAUCUCGAGAAACGGAUCAAUAAUUUCACGACUUAUGGCAAUGAAAUGGGAUUAAGAGUGAUAUGCAGUAAAUGCGAUACAAUUGGUUCAAAGGCUGUACUCUUCAGGAAAGUCUCGGAACCGAUACUUCCGGACAAACAAAAUAUAAUCCAAUUUAACAGCAAAUGUGAGCAAUGGUUUCCCGUAUUGAAGGAUAGACUACUGAUGGCCAGUGAAUUGGGUGCCGAUAGUCCUCGGGUUUGGCUCAUUGCCAACGACUCGUGUAUUAACGGAGUAAUGGGUUUAGUAAAGAGUCUACGUCUGGAACCGGGAGGCGAACACUUCAGAUAUAUUUUUAUUUACGAUAAAAACAAUACAAAUAAAGACAUUGAUUUCACUCGAAAGCCAUUCAGCGAUAUAUUGGCCAACGAUUUGGUGUCAAAUGUGAUCAGAGAUGGAAGACUCGGUUCCUAUCGAUACCAGAGUUUUGGCAAAGAUUUUGAUAAAAUCCAAUCAAAUGAGUAUUACUUGAGUUUAGGAAAGGGUCGGGACUUGUCGUCACUCGAGUGGACGGACAUCACAACCCUUCCCAUGACUGACCACUACUACGACGUGACCAAUAAGAAGAGACAAUUGAUUAAAAUACAGGUCUACUGCUCGGCCGUAAUCUUUAGGGACGUACUCAUAGCCACCGGCAAAGUACCGGCGCUUUCAGAACUAUAUGAGCAACAAAUUGGUUACGAGUUUGCCGGCCGUCGGGCCGAUACCGGGGAACGGGUUAUGGGUAUGAAUCUAAGCAAAUGUGUGGCCACCAGUACUCAUGUGGACCCGUAUUUGUUCACAAAAAUACCCGACAACUGGUCUAUUGAAGAGGCGGUCACUAUUUUGAGCCCGUAUUUCACGGUAUGGUAUGGAUUGAUAGAGAGGGCACAUAUCAGACGAGGUGAGAGUGUGUUAAUCCAUUCGGCGUCUGGAGGUGUGGGUCAGGCGGCCAUUAAUGUGUGCCAACACUUGGGGUGCGAUAUAUACGCGACGGUCGGCACCGAAGAGAAGAAACAGUUUCUCAUAAAUACAUACAAAAUACCGGCGAAGAAGAUAUUCUCGUCGAGAAGUACGCAAUUUAAGAGUCAAUUAAUGGACGAAACAGAUGGACGGGGUGUGGAUGUAGUGCUCAACUCGUUGGCCGGCGAUAAGUUGGACGCGAGCUAUGAGUGUGUGGGCACAGGCGGACGGUUUGUGGAGUUGGGAAAAAUGGAUUUGUUUAUGAAUAAAAAGCUUCCGAUGUAUAACUUAUUGAGAGAUAUGUGUUUUAUCUGUGUUUCACUGGACGAGAGUGUAUUGGCCCGCGAGUAUGUUUGGGACGCUUUUUAUACAUGGGUUCACCAGAACUGCACCAAUGGUUGCGUAAAACCCUUGAAUCGGACGGUAUUUCCGGCCGCAGACGCGGAGAAGGCCUUCCGAUACAUGACUACCGGUAAACAUAUCGGGAAAAUAGUUAUCCGUAUUCGUGAAGAGGAGGCGAACCGAAAGCCGUGGAAACGCAUAAAACCGGCCGAUAGUAUGAUUGUCAGUACAAAGACUUAUUUCAAUCCCAAUAAGACUUAUAUAAUAACCGGAGGUUUGGGUGGCUUUGGGUUAGAGUUGUGUCAAUGGAUG